AAUUUGCACUGUACUGACGUCUUCCCUGUUUAUAUUGGAGAUGAUAGAACCGAUGAAGAUGCCUUCAAAGUGUUGAGAGAAAGAGGACAAGGUUUUGACAUUCUUGUCUCUAAAACUCCAAAAGACACCCAUGCGUCCUAUUUCUUGCAGGAACCAUCCGAGGUCAUGGUAUUUUUGCGUCAGUUAGUAGAGUGCAGAAAAAUGGCAUUAAGGUCUAAAGAGGCAAUGUAGGUUGAGAAGAGAACUUGAGGAGAUGAAGGCAUCUACAAAGUGAUAAAUUUGAUGAAUUAAGGAAUUAUUGGCAAUAGAAAUUAGGGGUGUGCGUUUCAGGGUUUAGUUAAGUUUUUUUCGGGCUUUGUUUAACCAGCACUGUACAAGUGGGCAAUUUGUAAUUCAGCUAUCCUGUCUAAAUGCAAAAUAGAAUUCAGUACAUA